UUUUGCAACUUGGAUUACUGUUCAUCUUUUUAAGGUCCUGGUUUUUCAACGCUAGUGUGUUUGAAAUAGUUUUGAGGUUUUGUGGUUGCUGUUGACGCUCUUGCGGAACUUCAAACACACCAGUUUCCUUUUGGUUUAGUGAACUGGCUGGGCCUUUCGAAUGCACGCAGUCUGUGGAAGUGCCCAAGCAGACUUAUUACUAGAAAAGAAUCCCAUCUGGAAUUCAGACAGGUGGCCCAUCUCAGCACCUCCCUGAGAAAUCUGGCUUUUUCAGGUGACUUCUGAAAUAUGGCUGACCACAACAAUUCUUCCUGCAGUCCUAUAUUGACACCCCAUUUAACCAGGCUCUACUUCAUAGUGCUCAUUGGAGGACUGAUGGGCAUCAUCUCUAUUUUGUUCCUGCUGGUGAAAAUGAACACGCGGUCGGUGACUACCACAGCAGUCGUUAACCUGGUGGUGGUCCACAGUGUUUUCUUGGUGACAGUGCCUUUUCGCUUGACAUAUCUCAUCAAGCACAUCUGGACAUUUGGGUUGCCCUUCUGCAAAUUUGUGAGCGCCAUGCUACACAUCCACAUGUACCUCACAUUCCUGUUCUAUGUGGUGAUCCUGGUCAUCAGGUACCUCAUCUUCUUCAAGCGCAAGGACAAAGUGGAAUUCUACAGAAAACUGCAUGCUGUGGCGGCCAGUACUGGCAUGUGGCUGCUGGUGAUUGUCAUUGUGGUACCCCUGAUUGUUUCUCAGUAUGGAAAUUCUGAGACGUAUGAUGAGAAACACUGUUUUAAAUUCCACAAAGAACUUGCUCGUGCCCAUGUGCAAGUUAUCAACUAUAUGAUAGUCACUAUUGUUAUAGCCAUUGCAGUGAUUCUCUUGGUCUUCCAGAUCUUCAUCAUUAUGUCAAUGGUGCGGAAGCUACGCCACUCCUUGUUGUCCCACCAGGAGUUCUGGGCCCAGCUGAAAAACCUUUUUUUUAUAGGAGUCAUCCUUGUUUGCUUCCUUCCCUACCAGUUCUUUAGGAUCUAUUACUUAUAUGUGGUGGCACAGUCAAGUGACUGUAACAACACUGUUGCAUUUUAUAAUGAAAUCUUCUUGAGUGUAACAGCAAUUAGCUGCUUUGAUUUGCUGCUCUUUGUUCUUGGGGGAAGCCAUUGUAAACAAAAGAUAAUUGACCUAUGGAAUUGCUUUUUGUGCCGCUAGCCACAAACCACAGUAUUCAGAAUCCCUUUAUGUUGGGAGUAAAAAUGGGCACAGAGAGGCAGGAAGCGUUAUUUCCUUACUUGAUUAAAACCAUGCCUUGAUGCAGCCAAACAAAAAGACUAUAAAAUGUCAGAGCAUUCAUUCCAGUUCUUAUUUAAUCCCUGCCAUCUCUAAAUGAUGUCUAGAGAAAGACUAGUGAUGUUCAGUCCUCUUGGAGCUGCACUACAGCAUUAUUUUCCAGUAUAAAAUGUCUACUUGGACCAUGUAGGUACCAUGGGUUUAAUGGUUUCUGAGUUUCACCAGCUUAUUUUGGUUUCAUCAGUUUGAAAUAUGGUCUUUUUCAGGCUUUGGACAGAUUUAGCCCUCUAGUUCUUUUCAUUCCACUUAACCUUAGGUAAAUUAAGCCUGGCAAUGAAUCAGCCCCAAAGGCACAAACUCUACUUGGUUAACCAGAUAAGAUGUCCAUUCAAUUCCCACCCUGACAAAUAAUAGAUAAGGGUGGAGAGCAGUAAGACAUUUUUCUAGAUUAUCAUAACUUUGGUAGGAAGUCACUUAUCUAGCAAUAAAGAGAAACAGAACUCCUUGCAGCCUUCUGCGGUAACAAGGCUAUCUAGAUUUGUCCUUUAAAAAGUCAAGUUUAAGAACAUGGGAUCAACAUCCUUAAUAAAUCCAAAAAUCAUUUAAAAGUUUACUAAACAUAUAUAAAUGAGGGUGAAACUAUAAGUUAAAUAAUAUUCCUCACCAAUAUGCUGGUAAGCAUUAAAAUGAGUUCCUAAGGAAAUGAUUAAUUUUUUCCCCUUUAUGUUUUUUGAAAAUAAUUCUAGAUGUCUUGAGCCACAGUUAAUUUAGAUUUUCCUUGGAAACAGAAUAUUAUACUUUUUAGAGUUACCUUCUACCCUUAAAGUUACAAGUCUUUAAACAAAAACAAUAUUCUUAAAAAAGACCUUUUGAGAAAUCUAAAUAAAAAUUAAUUUAAGGGGCACCUGGGUGACUCAGAAGGUUAAGUUGGCCCUUGUCUGACUCUUGACUUUAGCUCGGGUCCUAUUCCCAUGGUUCCUGAGUUCAAGCCAGACUCCACGUUCAGACUUCACGUUCACAGCAUGGAACUUAUUUGGGAUCCUCUCUCUCUCUCUCUCUCUCUCUCUCUGCCUCUCCCCAGCUCAUGCUCUCUCAAAAUAAAUAAAUAAACUUUAAAAAAAAAGGAAAAAUUAAUUUAGACUAUGAGAUUAGGCUGCUAAGUUGAUACAUAGGUUUGUGGGUUUUUUUCCCUUCUUGCUCAUAUUUCUACUAUUUUCCCCAAAGUUUUAUAAUUUUGAAACUCUCCAAGGAACUGAUGCAGUUUCAUUUUUAAUGUUUCAGAAAACCUAAAGUGAUUGGUGCUAGGGAUAAAAGAAUGGAAUGAAUUAAGGUAAGGUUUUUUUCCCAGCAAAAUAAAGUUCAGAAUUUAAAGAUUUCUCUUAAUUUGUUAUACUCUAUGGAUCCACAAAUUUAUCAGAUGAAUAAGAAAUAUCCCUGUGAGUUUCUAUGAUCACUAAAAUUACUAAGUCAUAGAAAAUAAUUUUGAGGAAGACAAAGGAGCAACAUGCUGUAUCGAUGACUUGUUACCAAAAUUUUCCUGUUUUGAAAUUUCUUUUAUCUGUUCUUUUUUUUUUUAAGGUUAUAUUUCCUUUAUUUCUUAUUUGCCUUCUUUUACCAUUUUUUCUUAGUUU